UAAAGUAUUCGGUUGUGUACAAUGGAGCAAACGCAAUUAUUAGUGAAAAAUAUUCCCAAUAUCACGCAAGAUAUUAAAGAUGUGCUCAAAAAUCGAUUCAACGUAGCAGCCGUGAGGAGUUAUGGAAGGUGUCGUGCCGUUCUUCAUUUUCUGGAUGAAAGAAGCGCCACAUUCGCACUGCAAAGUUUACACCAGAGUGAAUUUUUCGGACGAAUACUUUCUGUCGAAUAUUUGGGGCUACGAAAGCAGUCGGCGAUCUCUCAAGAAAGUGAACAACCUAAGCAAUCACCACAAGUGCCUGAAAUCUUAAAGCAUUUGUACGCGACAAGUAUUCCGCAUGGAUUCGAGCAGCCUCCUCCGCCGUACCUCAAGUACAAUUAUCCUCCAAUCAACCGGACAAUCCUCGACAGUAUCUCCAUAGCUUUGCUAACAAACGUCAAAUUCUACUAUCAAGUUUUACAUUUAAUGAAUCGGAUGAAUCUUGAGCCUCCUUUUCUGCCACUGAUUCGACCUUUCGUGCCGCCCGGCGAACCCUGCGAUGCACAAACACAAACCGAUAAACCCGAAUCAGAAAAACUUCUUGCAAGUGACGAAUCCGAAUUAGAAUCUGAUGAAGAGCACACCAAAGUUCGAGUAAGGAAGAAACGACAACCAGAGAUUGACAAUGCCGUGAUUAAAUCAAAAGUACGGAAAAUCAUUUCUUCACAAUUGCAUGAAAAACAUCCCCCGACUGCCUCCCGGAAAGAAGAGAGGCUGGAAGAGGUCUUUGAAGGCGACGUCCGCAAUUUGAACCGGAAAAUUUCCCUCAACGUUUCUGCUGUUACGCUACCUAAAGAAGACACUAGCGUACAUCAUGAGAAUGUCGAAAAUGCAACAGUCCAGGCUGAAGGAAGCCCCGACGUGAUUCCGUUGAUUGGUGUCGAGUUGAGUUUGAACAAAAUUCCUGAAAGCCAAUGGAAGGAUCUGCCUGUGUUCAAGAAUUAUCAGCGAGGUGAGAAGUCGAACAAGUUGUAUAUUAAGAAUCUAAGCAAAGAUACGAGCGAAGAUGACCUCAGACAGAUUUACAGGAGAUACGUAGCAAGCGAUGGGGAUAUUAGUAUUAAAUUAAUGCUUUUCGGGAAGAUGAAGGGACAAGCGUUCGUUACCUUCAAUAGUGUUGGGGAUGAGUUCAAUAUUGUAGAGAAAGCUUUAGAUGAAACUAACGGAUAUAUUCUUAAAAAUAAACCUAUGAUUGUGUGUUUUGGAAAAAUGUCCUGAGGAAAAUGAUGUUGUUUUAUUUUGCACAGGGAAAUGUGGAGCCUCGAACUUUUGUAGCACGUAAGAUAUCUAGUUCUAUGCAUUAUCGACGCAUUGCAUUUACAUUGUUAUUCUAUUAUGCGGUCAUUUGGUUAUGCUACUGCCGGCUGGACGUUUAUAUGAUUUUUGUGCCAAGUAUGUACUCAUAUCUCUAAAGCAGACCGCCACUACCCAGAACGGUCGGUGUCUUCAUCAAUGUCGAAACCGUUUCCUAUUCUAGGUGUCAAUCAUAUUUCAAAGCAUUGACACUAAUUUUUAAUGCUGUGGAGGUCAUUAAUUCGAGGAGCCAAUGCAUUACAGUUAAAGUACU